AUGCGCUCAAAACGAACAUUUGCGGAGUACAUGACUCCGGAUGGAACACCCGAGUCAUCUCGCGGCUGUACAGGGUCUACUCCACCAACCAUCUUGACAAGUCCGUCAGCCCCAACACCCAAACGACAAUGCCAUGAUGCGAGAGCCAUUAAUGCGAAACCAGGCCACUCGCCGGAUAACCUCUUUGGGACGGUUCCUAAGAAACCAGUGAUUGAGCUCCCAAGACCAGCACGAACAAGUGCCGAAGUUAGGAUACAGUUGGUUGGGCAUCAGGUUGGUCAUUACUUCGCUUGCUUAUUCAUGAUCCACCAUGACAUUCGUCUAAUGCAUCAGGCUUUCCGGCGGGUACACAUUCCAUGCAAUUACAACUUUAUCCAUCUCCACCACCUUAUCCUAUUCCUGUUUGGAUGGAGCGGAGUUCAUGCACAUCGAUUCUCUGUGCAGAAUAAUAUUACAAUGCACGAACUCAAGCGAGGCCACGUACGCUCUGGGACUUUGUUUAUUGAUGUUUCUCCACCCCGGCCACCUCCGAGCAAGCGCGAAGUCAGAGAGGCGAAGCGCCUUGCUCGGGCGCUGGCCAAAUCGAACAUGAGAGAUAACCCCAGCGAAGAUAGUGACACUGAUUGGGAGGGCCCGGGCGCAUGGAGACCUUUGGUGCUCGAUCAAACUUCUGUACGACAACGUUCAGAAGAGGCACUGACUAUUGGUGAGGUCUUUGGUGCACAUGUUUGUAGGCGUGGCCGAGCUGUAAUAUAUGAAUAUGAUCCCAACCAUGCAGGAGGGUUUAAAGUACACAUUACGCUGAUUGACCUGGUCCAGCAUGACGAACCAGACCACCUCUCUAGCCCACCAGCAUGGCCAGCGCUACCACCUCUUCCCCCUUCCUCGCCAAUUCGUUCCAUUGCAUCGUCGCCCUAUACGCCUCGUGGCCGGCAACUCUCACUUGGCGUAGACUCUUCUCCAAUCCGUACUCUCCCCCGCUCACGUUCAAUGCCCUCAAUGAACUUUGACGACGACAAUGACGACGAAAACCCUCCUCAGCGGCCCUCCAUUGGUACGGAUCGAACAAACAACCCCUGGGUUGUCAUGGGCCAGGGCGUUUCUCCUCCGGAGCGAGAGUUAGCCAUCACUUUCGAGGAAGAUAACGAAGACGCUCAUGAUGUGCCAGUUAAACCGGAGUAUCGUGGGAAGGCAAAAAAGGAGGCUGGCUUGAGCUUCCGUAACAAGCACGUAGAGCUAAACGCUGAUCUUUUCAAUGAUGGACCUGACGGGGAAGAAGGAAUGUGUUUCGCCCGUUGGUUGUCAGGUGAAUUAGUAGUAGAACGAAUGGGGAAUAAUCUAUUAGUGUUAGACCGAGCGCGAGCCUCAGCGCAGACCAGAGAUGCUCAGCGUGCGAAAAGCACCGGCUGGGAUAGUGAUGAAGACUCACCAAACCACCAAGCAGUGAGCCCUGUCACACAAGGCCCCAUCGCUCUCGAAUCGCUGGAACCACACCUUGAGCAGGACGAUGAACUUGAAGACGAUGAACCUCUUAAUCCUACAAGCCAACCUGACGUUGACGAAGUAGAGGAAGGAAGUGACAAUCAAUAUGGACAGCAGGAGGAAUUGUGGGACGACGGUUAG